AUGGAGAAGGACAAGACAAGCACCGACAUCGCUAUUCAAAAGGAUGCCCCGUCCGACGCUGUCCUUCAGGAUGCGGUGUACAACCUAUCACUACGCGCGGUCAAUCCGGUGGAUGUUGGUGUGAGCAAUCUGUCUCUUAAUAUCAAUAUCGCUUCAUCAGCAUGGCAAACAUCACCAUCCCACCUCUGGCGUCACCUGCGAGGGCGGAAACCCCAAGGCACCUCGAAAAAGAUACUGGGCGGAGUUGACGCGGCUAUGCCAAGUGGUAGCUUAACAGCUAUCAUUGGCAGUAGUGGAUCGGGAAAGACAUCUCUCCUGAAUCUGAUGGCUGGUCGAAUGUCCAUUUCGCGGGCGACAGUCUCAGGAAAGACGACGUUCAACGGAAACAGCGAUAUCAACAGCGUCCGCAGCGCCUAUGUCAUGCAAGAGGAUGUCCUCAUUCCAACUUUGACCGUUCGCGAGACCCUGCAAUACUCGGCGGACCUCCGACUGCCACCGCCGACCACUCAGGAAGAGCGCCAUGCCAUCGUGGAGCAGGUCAUCCUUGAACUUGGACUGAAGGAGUGUGCUAAUACUCGCAUUGGCACAACCGCGCAUAAAGGCUGCAGUGGUGGUGAGAAGCGCCGCACGAGCAUUGGUGUGCAGUUGCUAUCAAACCCCUCGGUGCUGUUUUGUGAUGAGCCUACGACGGGCCUCGAUGCCACCAGCGCUUUCCAGAUCAUCCGGACGUUGAAGCGACUUGCGCAAGAUGGUCGCACCGUGAUCGUGUCGAUCCACGCCCCUCGCUCCGAGAUAUGGAGACUUUUUGAUAAUGUAAUUCUUCUGGCUCGCGGGUCUGCGUUAUAUAGCGGGCCUGUGAGUGAGUGCCUGGCGCACUUUGAACAAUGCGGUCACUCUCUGCCUCCGUUCGUUAACCCCGCCGAAUUUCUCAUUGACUUGGCUGCCAUCGAUACUCGAACCGAGGAACUGGAGGCAGCAUCACACGCCCGCGUUCAUCACCUCCAGCAAGCAUGGGGAUCUCGGCCAGGGCCAGAAGCAAUGGUUGACGUUUCUGGCGAUGGCGAGAAGAAACCACCAGUGACACCACCGUUGACCGACGCGGAUACAGGUGCCAUGAAGAAAGUCUCGUUUCGCCGCCAGUUCCGUGUUCUCACAUCACGUACUUUCAUAACGACCAUCCGAGACCCAAUGGGAGUUGCCGGCAGUCUCCUCGAAGCUAUUAGUAUGGCUGUAAUCAACGGCUGGAUCUUCCUACAGCUCGACGAGAGCCUGACGGGCAUUCGUUCACGCCAGGGUAGCCUGUACACGGCCACCAGUCUGAAUGGGUACCUAAUCCUGCUGUUCGAGACUUACCGAUUGACAAUCGACAUCCGUCUCUUCGACCGAGAACGCAACGAAGGCGUAGUCGGUGUACCGGCGUUCCUGCUGAGCAGGCGAGUCGCCCGGUUUCCCCUGGAAGAUCUGCCGGUGCCACUACUGUUCUCUAGCAUCUUCUACUUUAUGGUGGGCUAUCGGCUUGAAGUUGAGCAGUUUUUCAUCUUCUUCUCUGUGACGCUGCUCACGCACUAUAUCGCGGUAACGUUUGCAGCGGUGUCCAUCGGCGUAGCGAGAAGUUUCCCUGGCGCAAGUCUGGUCGGCAACAUGUGCUUCACCCUGCAGUCGUUUGCGUGUGGAUACUUUGUGCAGUCUCAGCAGAUCCCCGUGUAUGUCCGGUGGCUCAAGUGGUGCGCUUACACCUUUUACACAUUUGGGGCACUGUGCGCAAACGAAUUCAUCGGCCCUGGCGGCUCAGGGCUUGGGCAGUUCUACGACUGUCCAUAUUCUGAUGACCCACAUGAUCCAGCAUGCAGGGAAUAUACGGGGCGAUACAUUAUGGACAGCCUCGGCAUGCCAUCCAAUUGGAUCUGGCGACCGAUGGUGAUACUCGUUGCGUUUACCCUUGGCCAUUAUCUGUUUGCAGGUCUGUUGCUGCAGUACAAUCGCUUCGCGAUUGACAUUGCCCAGGGCCGAAAGUCGGAAGGCGACCCUUCAGCUGGCAAGGCUAAGAUCGUGGUUCGUCCUGCCGAGGAGGCCCGGCGAGUCGCUAUCUCGUUGGACAAGUAUGCGCUUGCGAUCCGAAAGCGACGGAUGCCGUGGCAACGCAAGCAGAUGCUUCAGAUUUUGCGUCCAAUUACCGCUGAGUUCCAGCCCGGAGAGUUAAAUAUCAUCAUGGGUCCAUCUGGAAGCGGCAAGACAUCGCUGCUCCACUCGAUGGCUCGAAGGCUGCAUGAUUCUGCCGGCACACAGUAUCACGUCAACGGUCAAAUGCUGUAUAAUGGGGCCGUGCCAUCCGACAAUGUGAUCCGCUCAGUUACGUCGUUUGUGACCCAGGACGAUGAUGCCCUCAUGCCUUCGUUGACGGUGCGCGAGAGCCUGCGGUUCGCCGCAGGCCUACGACUGCCUACGUGGAUGACGCGCGAAGAAAAGAACCAGCGCGCCGAAGAAAUCCUGUCCAAGAUGGGCCUCAAGGAGUGCGCCGACAAUCUCAUCGGCAGUGAGCUGAUCAAGGGGAUCAGCGGAGGCGAGAAACGCCGAGUCACCAUCGCUAUCCAGAUUCUCACGGACCCAAGAGUGCUAUUGCUAGAUGAGCCUACCUCGGGCCUGGACGCCUUCACAGCGAUGUCAAUCAUUGAAGUGUUGCAGGGCCUCGCUGCUGAGGGCCGCACCCUGAUCAUGACCAUCCACCAGUCGCGCUCAGAUCUGUUCAGCCACUUCUCACAGGUUCUGCUUCUGGCUCGUGGCGGCCAUGCCGUAUACGCCGGACUAGGGCAGCAGAUGCUCGCGCACUUCGCCAGCUUGGGCCACGAGUGUCCGAAAACCACGAACCCAGCGGACUUUGUAUUGGAUCUCAUCACGGUCGAUCUGCAACAAGCAGACCGCGAGACCAUCACUCGCCAGCGCGUCCAGCAGCUGAUUUCCCGCUGGACCGUCGCCACACCGCAACUGGGGCGGACGUCGUCGCAAAUUGCGACUCCAGCGGAGCUGGGAAGUUUGCGACGGCAGAUGCUGCCGUUGCGUGUCACAUUCCCGCUUGUGCUGCAUCGAUCCUUCCUCAACUUCUGGCGCCAGCCACCACUGGUGAUGGCCCGGUCAAUGCAGGUAGUCGGCAUCGCCAUAAUUAUGGCGCUGUUUUUUGCGCCGCUGAAGAAUGACUAUGCUGCUGUGCAGUCUCGCAUGGGCUUUAUCCAAGAGUUUGCCGCAUUGUAUUUUGUUGGUGAGUCUUGUCAUGUCUCUCUAUAUGAUUUUCUUCAAUCAUGGCUUCGAAUGCUGAUUGUCUAUCUAGGGAUGCUCCAAAACAUCGCCGUUUACCCCAACGAGAGAGACGUUUUCUACCGCGAGGAAGCCGACAACUGCUACUCUGCUGAGACAUUUAUCCUGUCCUACACGACCAUCGAGCUCCCCUUCGAGGUGGCCUCAGCGCUCGUCUUCGGCGUGCUGGCCGCCUUCGCCGACAAUCUGAAACGCAGCGUAAAGAUGUUCCUGAUCAGCGCCUUUAACUGUUUCUGCAUCAUCAGCUGCGGCGAGUCGGUAGGCAUCAUGUUCUGCACGCUCUUCUCGCACGUUGGCUUCGCCGUCAAUAUCACCUCCGUCCUCCUCUCUAUCUCCACCAUCCUCGGCGGCGUGAUGAGUCUGAACGUCAACGACGUCUUGCAGGGCCUCAAUCACCUCUCGCCGAUCAAGUAUUCUAUUGCCAACCUAGCGCCUUACUCCAUGCAUGGGCAAACAUUUAGUUGCUCGCCGUCGCAGCAGCUCGCGGAUGGGAGCUGUCCCAUUAAUACGGGUGAGCAGGUGCUCGCGCUGUAUAACCUGGACAAAGAUGGGCCCCUGAAUGUGAUGGCUCUGGGCAUAUGCACGAUCAUCUAUCGCCUAGUUGCGUACGCAUUUCUCAAAGCCAUGCGGCCGCAUCGCUUCAUGGAACGGUGGCGUGACUGGAGCCAGUCGAGACGGUCGAGUUAA